CAAAAAAAAAGCAAAUUGUAAGAAAAGAAAAAUAAUAAAGAAAAUAUACUCGAAUUAAAUUUAAAAAAAUUUUCAAUAUCUUAAAUGGAUUUUUGUUAAUUAAAAUCGUUAUUUGGAUACAAAAAAAUAAUUAAAUUAAUUUCAUAUCAAGGAUUACAUUAAAUUACAUUUGGAAAGAGGAUAUAGAUAUAAAAAAUAUCACACAUUGAAAAUGCGGGGAAUAAUAUUCACUCUACUUACGUUACUAUACACGAAAAUUACUAUUGGAGUAUUAAUUCAGGAUUCUCCGAAAUUACAUAAUGGACCAGGCUUUGGUUAUUAUUAUAAUAAACCAGCAUCACCAUUAUCUUCUCAUUUAACUGAAUUUAAACCGAUUUUCCCAACAUUUUCAACAUUACAACCAUCAAUACCGAUUGCUGGACCAUCACCACAAAUUCCUUCAUUAUCACCACUUUCAUUUCAUCCAUCAUCACCAAGUGGUCCAAGUUUACAAUCAUCAAAUCAAUUUCAUACUGGUCAUUUACCACAAUCAAUUCAUUUCGAUAUUCCACCAGCUGUAUUACAUAAUUUUUUGUCACCCGAUGAUAACAUAUAUUUUUCUGAUGAUGGACGAAUAUUAAAACAAUAUGAAGUUAUGGAACGAAUACUUAAUGAUCUUGAACAUCCUGGAAAUUUAUUAAGUUCACCAUCAUUAUUUUUCGAUAGUAUAGUAUCGAAAUUUGUUGCACAAAAUCCUAGUUUAGCAGGACAAAUAUUACAUCCAGUUACAAGAAAUCAUGGUCCAAUUGCAUUAGGUUCCGGAUCAUUAGGUUAUAUACAAUUGAGAAAUGGUGCUGCACAUUUAGGUUCUGGUUCUUUGGGUUAUAUAACUGCUCCACAAGCAAGUCAAGCUGUUAUUGAUGCUAAAACAAGAAAAACAUUAGCCCCUCCGGGUCCAUUACAUUUUGGCCAUAAUUUUGCAAAUUAAUGUUAUUAUAUGAGAUUAUUAAAAUAUGAAUUCUCAUCUUGUAGCCAUUUUAUUUUAUUUUAUACUUUUUUAAUACGUGUGACCUAUUAAUAUGUAAAAUUAUGUAAAAAAAUCAUUAAAUUUAUAGA